AUGGAAUCCAGCGAAACCAAAUCCCCCACUUUCAAAGACGACAAUGCAUCGUCCAAGAUCCCCGAGGUCGAAAUGGGCGAUGCCCACGUCGUCAUGGGCAUCUCCGACAUGCCCAUGAAGCGCAAGUUCAGCAUCCUCAGCAUCAUCGCCGUCGGCUACAACAUCUCCAACAGCUGGGUGGCGAUUGCAGCCAGUUUCGCCAUCGCCAUUCAAUCCGGCGGUGCUGUCUCGCUACUCUACGGUAUCAUCCUCGUUACUAUCGCCAUGCUCUGCACGGGCGUGACGCUGGCAGAACUGGCGAGUGUCUAUCCCACCGCGGGCGGCCAGUAUCACUUCACCUCCAUCUUGGCGUCCAGUCGAUGGAGUCGCAGUCUGUCGUAUUUUAGUGGUCUUGCGGCGGUGUUUUCGUGGAUUACGCUUGCGGCAUCGAUCUGUCUGGCUGGCACGCAGGCUCUCAUGGCGAUGGUCAUUCGGUGGAAUCCGGACUAUCAGCCGCAGACAUGGCAUUUAUUUCUUGUUUAUCAAUUGUCUAAUGCGGUGAUGGUGGUGUAUAACAUGUUUCUCACUAACAAGACGCUCUGGGUAUACAACGUUGGAUUCCUCCUCUCCAUCGCCACCUUCCUCGCUAUUACCAUCACCUGUCCAGCUCGGUCAGCAGCACACACAACCAUCAACUCCACAAGCAUCUGGGGCCAUCUUGCCAACGGCUCCGGAGGCUGGCCAGACGGCAUCGCCUUCUUGACGGGCCUCUCAACGCCGCAGUUUAUGCUCUCCGGUCUCGACGCUACACUCCAUCUCGCAGAGGAAUGUCUCGAGCCGGAAAGAAUCGUCCCCAAGGCAGUCAUGGUGACUGUGACGGUGGGCUUCUUCACGGCGUUUCCGAUGUCUGUGGCUGUGCUGUAUAGUUAUGGGGAUGUGGAGUCGUCGUUGGAUACGCCGACGGGAUUUCCCAUCUACUUCAUCUGGGAAAAAGCUACCAAUUCCCCCGUUGCAGGAACAGCGUUCAUGGCUGGCCUCUUUGUCGUCUCCUGCGUUGCGCUGAACGCAGUACAUCAGACUGCCUCUCGACUCACCUGGUCGUUCGCCAGAGAUGAAGCUCUCUUCUUUUCGUCUCGUCUAUUAUCUAUUCAUCCUUCACUAGGCGUGCCCGUCUACGCACUCAUUCUAAACGGGAUCCUCGUCUUGCUUAUAGGGAUUGUAUACGUAUGCUCGACAACAGUCAAUACUAACCAACUGGUCCUGACUAUUCCAGCCUUCAACGCAUUCAUAAGUUCCACCGUAAUAGUAGCCCAAAUCUCCUACGCCAUCCCCGCCGCCCUCCUCCUCUACCGAUCCCGGUCCGCGCACUACCUCCCUCCGAAUCGGCCGUUCAGAGUCCCCUCGUUGGUGGGGUAUAUCGCCAACACGGUGUGUAUUAUCUGGGCGGUGAUUAUUACGGUUUUCUUUUGCUUUCCGACUUUGUUCCCGGUUACAGGGGGGAAUAUGAAUUAUACAUCGGUUGUGUUGGUGAUUAUGUUGAUAUUGGGGGUUUUGAAUUGGUUCACGCAUGCGAAGCGGCAUUAUCAUGGUCCAAGGUUGGAAAUGUAGGUACUUCUUUAUUUACCAAGGUAGUGUGUUGUAUAUAGCAUAACGAGUCAUGGCUUCUAUUACACCACACCCUACCGUAUGCUGUCUACUCCGUCUUCAAAAUAGCAACACUCAAAUCCGGCAACUCAAACUCAAACACACCCUCCGUUCCAGCCGUAACGGUCGAUACAUUGCGAACGACCACAUUCGACUCCCCUCCAAC